UAAGAGACGCACACACCUCGCCAGCCGCUAUUGUCGCCAUGAAGUCCUGCCUGCUGCUGUUGGUGUGUUGCGGCGCAGCGCUGUCGCAGCUGCGCGUGCCCGCCGGGCGCGCCAUCCUGUCUCCCCGUGGGAAGCGGCCCGGGUUCCCACUCGCUGCUGCGCCAGCCCCCUCUGCCGCCACCACUUUCGCCGAGCCACUGCCUCAGGUGAGCGCGACGCCGCCCAGCCCGCCGCCGGUGGCGGAGUUCCCGGAGGAGGACGACUACGACGUGGAACCGUUCCGGCCCGGCCGGCCGGCCACGCCCGCCGCGUCGCAGCCCUCGCCGCCCCCGCCGCCGCCGCCCACGCUCGCGCUGAGUGACGCCGACGAGCCGUCGGCGACGCGCCGCCCCGCCUUCCGCCCCGUGGCCGCUCCGGAACCUCCCCGGCCCGCCUUCAGGCCGGCGGCCGACGUGGUGGCCAGACCGUCGUUUCGGCCGUCGCCCAGCACGCCCGUCUUCAGGAACCCGGCACCCACGCAACCGCCACUCGUCGACUUCCCGCAGCCUUCCAGGGGACCCGUCCGUCAGCCCACGCGGACGUCGCCGGAGCCGCAGCAGCGUAGUCCGCCGCCUAGCCGCCAGGUGCCUCUGCCGCCGCCGGUACAAGCGCGCCCCCAGCAGCAGUACCAGCGCACCAAGAAACCCGUCGCCCAGGUGAUUCGGCGGUAUCGCGAAGACAACCCUGACGGCAGUAUCACCUGGGGCUUCGAAAAUGACGACGGCACGUUCAAGGAAGAGACAAUCGGAGUGGACUGUGUGGUGAAAGGGAAGUACGGCUACAUAGACCCGGACGGCGUGCGGCGGGAAUACACGUACAACAGCGGCAUCCCCUGUGACAAGAACCGCCAGAGCGAGAACUCGGGAGAGGGCUUCAUCGACUACCAGAGCAACCAAUACGUGCUGCCCAACGGAGACUCCGUCGACCUCGACUCGGUCUCCAAGAACAAAGCGCGCAAGCAGACACCUCCCACUUACAGAAAUCCAUCCAAUUAACGUACAGGUCAAACGCCUGUUCAUUACUGCCAAUGGGAAUCAAUCAUUUCCCCAUUACAAAUGCUCCGCUGUAUCAAUGCACCGACAAAUUUAUCAUCCCGCAGCAGUCAUAUGACAUUUUAUGAGAUCCAUUGUGCUCAACUAGGAGGUUUUCUUUAUCCUAACUCCCCAUUAUUAACCUUUAAAGCAGUAAUUUAUAGAAGGGUGAGUUUCUACUCAGUAAAAUGCGAUAAUAUUACAGUUCCUUGUAUCUGCAUACAGUGUCUGUCCCCGAAUAUAGUUGUCAGAUAUUGCUCAAUUCUAAGAGACGCUAUAUGAGCUUAUUAAAGCGUCCCACUGUUUUUUUUUUUUGACAUAAUUAAUCACUUUAAAACCUGCUGAGAAAGAUACCGUUUGUUAUUGUGACAAUAACAUCGACAUUACUGCAGCACUGCGUACCAUUUGCGGCGUAAUUUAGUAUGAAUGGUUUUCAGAUCUGAAAACAUCAGUGUAAAAGACUCCAUAUUUCACUUACUUAUUUAUUAAAUAUCUGGCUAAGAAGAGUAAUUAAGACAUUCAAAAUAAACCCAUUCGUUUCAACCACUUGUGACACUCUGUCCUUUGAGCUGAUUUUGCAAACAAAAGCUGAAAAUUAGCAUGUAAGUUCCCAAACACAUGUACUGUUAUCCAUUUACUGUUUAUUGACAUGUAUCAUCUUUUCAAAUAAAUAACCUCUUUAUUAAAAGAAAAAAAGUUUGUACUA